AUGAAAUCAGCAGGAAAAUCAGUGUUUCAAUCAGUUCCAUUUUCAGAGACUGGAUUGCCAACUCUUGGACUAAACAGGUACAGGAACCAAGAAAUUAAGAAUGACUCUAUCAAUCCUUUCUCUGUCCAAAGAGAAACAGAAAAAUUACUAAUAGCUCGAGAAAGGGAGAGAGAUUUCAGAGAUUCAAACAAACUCCAUUAGGAGAGUUUAAGGGUAUUCUAAAAAGGCAUUUAAACCAGAUAAAAUAGAGCUGGAGCCAUUAGAGAGAUCAAUAGUAUAAAGCCUUCAAAAAGCUCAAAAUAUUAUUAAUAAAACGAAAAUUAGCUUGCUCUACUCAAUGCAUCAGAUGACUAAAUUAGACAAAAGUACAAUAUAUUUGAUGAAAAUAGCAAUGGCCUACAAAAAUAUGAAAAAAUGAUCAAGAUUGGAAUGGCUGAUGAAAGCAACAACUAUUAGAAUCGAGAUGAUCAGUCGUUUCAUUCUAAGGCAAGCAUGUCUUAGACUUACUCAAGCUCACACUACGAUAUUCAAGCUUUUAGGCCAAAGGUCACUGACUAUCUUUCAAAAGGAAGAGAGAAUAAGGAAACUGCAAGAGACUUUGUGUUGAACGCCAGAAAUAUACUUGUAGCAUAAAUCUCAAUUAACGAUAAAAGCGAAGAAACCGAAAGACUAAAAGAGUACAUUAUAAUGGAAAAGGAAAAACUCCAAGAAGCCAAGAAGACUUUCGACGAGGACAAGGACAAAUUUCAAAAAUAUAUGGAUGAUCUUAAUCGUAAAGCUGAGGAAACUGCUUUUGAAGUAUCUAAACUCAUUUCAGAGAAGAAUGAGAAAAUGGACAGAAUAUCUGAGUUGAUGAAUAAUAUUCAAUUGAAGAAAAGUAAAACUAAGUAAAUUGAAGAAAAAUUGAAUCUGUACAAGUAGCAUAAGAAAUUUCUAGAUGGAUUGGCUGUUUCUGCAGGCCGAAAAUAAGCUAGAACUAAAGUUAAACAAUAAGUUGAAGAUAUAUCAGCUGCUAAUUCCCCUGACUAGCAAAAGAUUAACUUGAUGCCAAGAGGCAAAAGCACCAAAAAGGAAUUGGGCCAGUUUUUCUUAACAUAGAUUAAUCAAAAUGGAGGCAAUAUUGUUCAAAAGAGAAUAGAGUCUUUGCCAAUAGUAGAUGAGUUUGAUAAGGAACUAAACUCUUUUUCAGAAAAGGAAGAUAAUGGAUCAAAUUAAGGUGAUGGUGACUUUGAAAUAUAUUUUGACAAAUUCACCCUAUUGGAUCAUCUAGCUCACUUGGAAGAGGAUAAUCUCUUUAAAAUUCAUUUGAUAUAGGAGGAUGAAUAAGCUCUGGAAAAACUUCGAAAAGGCAUAGACUAAAAAGUCAAAGUUAAGGAAAAAGAAAUAGCUGAUGUUUAGAUGAAUAUUGAGAUCCUCUAGCAAUCAAUCCAUAACUUAGGAAAUAAACUGCAAUUUUUAGAAUCGAAUAUGAAAGUCAAGUCAUCCUUGUCAAAUCAUGAAUCGAGCAAAGCUGUAAACAACUGGGUGGGAGCUUCAUAAAAAGAUAAAAAGGCUGCCUUCUAAAAUCCAAAUCAAAAUACAAAUCAAUCAAUGGAAUUAAGCUCUGAUAAAUAAAAUCCCUUCACUAUGCUUCAGCAGCUAACAGGCUGUUCAAAGGAUUAACUCGGCAAGCUUUCGUCUUUAAUAAGCAAUCUACUUGAAAAAGUAGGUAUCAAACAAGAAGACCAAUCAAAUAAAUUGGAAAUGAUUAGAAAAAUAGAAUAAAAGCUGCUCUAUCUAACAGAGGCAAGAGAUUUCAUUGCAAUCGGUAAUAAAAAGAAAGACCUUGAGAAGAAAGAAGUUGAGUUGCAUAACAAUAGAAAGCAAGAAAGAAUCUAAAAGAAGAAAAUUGUAGAGGAGGAACUGCGACUUGAGAGGCAGAAGAAAAAUAUGGCGAGGAUCAAGAAACAAGAAGAGCUCAAAAUAUUCCAUGGAAGAAGAGAAACUCAGAGAGCUAAAAAGGAGGAUCUCAGACCUAAGGAGAAGAAUGAUGAUAAGCCUAGCCAAGUUAUCCUUGACCAACUUAAAUACAUAGGGGUUAAAGUUUUUGAAGACGAGCAGAAAUUGCUUUUACAACAACAAGCAUAGUUACUAUAACUAAUUGCCUAUGAUAAGAAUCCCAACCUUAGACACCUCCUCAAAUCGGUCAAGGAGCUAAGGUAUUAUAGAAGGCUAAAGUAUUAAGGCAUUGGUAGAGCAGUUGAGACAGUUGAUUUGAUGAUUGAUAGAUUUGUGAAGUAUGACAUUGGAGACAUUUAUGACAUCAGGACAUUUUUCACAAACAAUGAGCUUGGGCGGUAAGUAAAAGGCAAGAGUUUCUACCUUGCAGGGAAGCACACUUUGGCAGAGCUUGAGAAACUCUCUGAAUAGAUUUAAGAAAUGAUCAGAUGUCAAGAAAUUUAUUCAGAUGAUCAAACUCAGCAAGAUGAGAAUUAAUUUCAAAGAGCAAAAUCCUUGAUUGAAAAGAGCUAAGAAUCGACUAGAUAGGUAUUCUAAGACCUGUCAAAAAUUAAUGAGAACCAAAUGAUAUAAGUUCAGAAUGUGACUCAUGAUGCUGCUUAAAAGGAAAUAACCAAGUUAUGGGCAAUGAAAACAAAAGAAGAGAAUGAAAGGUUCCUAAAAGAAAUGGAACUCUUGAAGUAAACAAAUGAAAGAAAGUAUAGGUAGGAUUGGGAUCUUAGUGAUUAAAAUCAGAAUGUUGACUAGACAUCAGAAUCUAACAAUGCUGGUCAAAUUUAAAUAUUUCCUAGGGCUUAGAUCGAAUCUAUUGAUCCUCUGAUUGACAAAAACAAAAUUUAGGAGCAAACUCAAAUUAGGGAAAUACAUGUAGAGAUAUAAGCUGAUGAAUCUGAAGAUGAAGAGGAGAACUAAAUGUUUGUUGAGGGAUCAUGUUUCAUGUAUCCAAAGCAGGUAUGCCUUUGCAAAGUAGUAGAUGAAGAUAUGGAUUUGAGGGAGCAUGAUUUCUUUGAAGAUGCCAUUAGAGUAAAAAAACAUAAGAUCCAUUUAUGA